AUGGAGGCUGCCGGUGUCCGUCGCCGCUCCUUCCCGCGCCGCCUCGACCAUCCGCGCCACCAGCGACCUCCGCCGCCUUCCCCGCCUCCGUCGAACGCCGCCGCUACCUCCCCAACACCCGAAAACCACUACAGCCGCUUGGAGGGAAACCGCCGCCGCCGCUUGGGGGUCUCGCGCGCUGCCGCCUGCACGGACCUCCGCGCUGCCAUCUCGAGGGGCUCGCGUGCUGCCGCUGGAGGGCCGCUGCCGCCAUAUCAAGGGCUCGCGCGCUGCCGCCGGAGCCCACGGACCGCCGCCGCGCCGCUCCUUCCCGGCGCCGGCGCUGCUCCUUCCCAAGCCGCCGCGCGCCGCUCUCUCCCGCGCCGCGCGCGCUCCUUCCCAAGCCGCCGCCGUGCCGCUCCUUCCCGCGCCGCCACGCUGCUCCGGCCGCCGCCCACGCGCCGCUCCUUCCCGCGCCGCCGCUGCUGCUCCGGCCGCCGCCUCACGCGCCGCUCCUUCCCCGCUGCCGCCUCGCGCCGCUCCGGCCGCCGCCGCGCUGCUCCGGCCGCCGCCCCGCGCGCCUGCUCCGUCCCGCGCCGCCUCGCGCCUGCUCCGUCCAGCGCCGCCUCGCGCCGCUCCGGCCGCCGCCACACAGCUGCACAUGCUGGGUCGAGGACUCGAGGGGUGAGCGAACGGGGCGAUUGA